AUGAAGCUCGUAUCCUGCCAAGUGAUCCUCUCGAUCGCGGCUACAACCUUCACCACCUGUAAGGCAGGAAGCAGCUUCAUCGACUUUCGAUCUGUGGAUGGACAGCUCAAGGCUGAUAACGAGACAUUUUACAUCAAAGGCAUUAACUGGUUCGGCGCCGAAAGCAUUGAACUCGUAGUGCAAGGAUUAUGGCCAUCUGCUACUACCAUCAGCAAUGCGUUGGACCUAUUUGUCACAUACAAUAUAAAUGCACUACGUCUACCAUUGGCUAUGGACUCAGUGAUGGAUGACCCUACAGUCAAGAGUACACAGACAGGAGGAUCGGCGUCAUUGGAGGGUUUGACGUAUCUUGAAGUGAUAGAUGUCAUUGUCAGGGAGGCUCGUGAGCGUAACAUCCUCAUCAUGUUCGACAGUCACCGCAUUGAGGCGUCCGAGCCGGAUUUUCCGGACAUUGCAGUACCCAGUGACAUCACACCAGCACUUCAGAAGUUAGCACUGCGAUACUGUAAUGAUCCUGGUGCUUGGAAUGUGUUUGCAAUUGAUAUCAAGAAUGAACCGAAAGGAAAAGCCACAUGGGGUCAUGGAAAUGAAGAUACGGACUGGAACUUGCAGGCGGCUAAGAUUGGCAACGCAGUGCUUAAAACGUGUCCAAGACUUUUGAUUUUCGUACAAGGAGUGCAAACGAACAUUAAGGGGAUAAGUAUGAAAUGGGGACAAGCUGGUGGCUCGCUAUUGGGAGCGCAGAAGUUCCCUGUAAAGCUGAGCAAUAUGGAGAGACUCGUGUACAGUCCGCAUUUAAUUUCUCCUGGCGUAGACUUCAAAUCACCGUGGUGGAGUGACUCGAGCUUUCCUGAUAAUAUGCCAAAGCUUUGGGACGAAUACUUUGGUUUUAUACCAAAGGAGACUGGACAAGCAGUGGUUGUGGGGUCAUGGGGUGCUCAGAUGAAGGGUAAAAAUAAAGAGUGGGCAAAUGCUGUAGCAGCUUACUUGGAAAAAAAUUCAAUUGGAUCGUUUUACUGGGCAUUUAAUCCCCAGUCUGCUGAUUUGGGUGGUUUUGUUAAAGAUGACUGGAGUACUCCAAUUGACGAGCGUGUUGCUCUACUUGAGCCAUUACCUACCACAAGUGUCGGUGAUAUCGUUGCUAUAUAUGCGAAAUGCUCCAAGACUUGUGCUGGCAACGGUGGGUGUGAAGGUGGCAAAUGUAUUUGCUUUUCAGGAUGGAGCGGACCACAGUGCGAAAUUUGUUCUGAGGGAGAUACGACAGCAUGUAGUGAUAUGGGCACGUGCUUAAGAAAUAGCACGUGUGCAUGUGAUGACGAUGCGAAUGGAAAAUAUUGUGCUGGAACGGAAUGUGAUGAAGUAGAUUGUGGCGAUGGAUCCAAUGCUGGAUGCUUUAAUGGCAUGUGCACAUGUCUUUACAAUUGCGUUGGAAACUCAUGUGCCGUCUGUGCUGCCAAUGGCUCUGCUCUUGCCGAUGCUCUAAAUGGAGAGACCCUUUUAUGUGAUGCCUGUGAUGCUCAGGUUGUCAAUGACUUCUCAUCUUCCCCAGCUACAUUUGCUAUUACAGGAAGCAUCGCUGCCUUUACCAUCCUUUUCUUUUUUUUCAUGUGA